UAAGCGGCGCGUGCUAGCAGAACUUGAGAAUGUUUCUUGCGUCUGCCGGGUGUAGUUGAGCAUCGUUCAUUCCUUGAAUGAUCGCAAACCCGGAAUCUCCUCACGGCUCGAGACCGAUUUUUUGUUGUGUUGUAUUUUGAUUUGGUGCUACUGUCGUCGGGGGACAUUCAUCUGGAAAAAUUUUCGGUGACCGCGUGCAUCUCCUCCAAACUUCGUCAACAUGGGAUCCGUGGAUGAGAAGAAUAACGAGGCUCGUGCCGAAGGUGGUGCAGGCGACGAGAGAGAGAAGAAAGUCCGUGGUUUCGAUCGAGGUCUCGAGCCAGAGAAAAUUUUGGGGGCGACCGACGCUGGGGGAGAAUUGAUGUUUUUGAUCAAGUGGAAGAACUCGAGUGAUGCCGACGUAGUACCCGCCAAAAUUGCCAAUGUCAGAUGUCCUCAGAUUGUUAUCAAGUACUACGAAGAGCGUCUAGUGUGGGACUCAUCAACCUGCGGAAAGGACAAGAAAUAACUUACUUCGUUUGAACGGACGCUUUUUGUACACAAACAGUGUCAUCCGGAAUGCACUGAAUCGAUUGCAGUAAUGAAGCACGACCAUCGAGUAGCAUAGCAUUGCAAACAUGUGUUUAAAUAUCCGCAGAUCAUUUCCCCGACAUUGAACGAGAGUUCUGAGCUUUUCUCAAGUGACGAAAUCCGACUUUCCAUAAGAUCUUAUUCACCUCUGUUGGCAUUCAGAUAGGGAUUUCUUCCCCCCUCUCGCCCGGAAUACACCCUGAAGAAGGCGCUCAAAGGCCGAUGUAUCAGCGUCCAGUGCAUUGAAUAAAGACUCAGUUCUCAGAUGUU